AUGGCCAAUGCUAAGAGACAGAGGGUUAUCCACCCUAAAAAUGAGGCUAUUGAGUGGGCUCAGACACCCAAAUUUCUUCAGUCCGAGAACGAUGAGAAGGUUUCCCUUCCCAACGAGAAUACUCCAAGAAUAGAGGCGGUUAUCAAAAGAGAAGCCAUCGAGAAUGAAGCCGUGAAAGGAGGAUCUGAUGAAGAUAUCGAAUCCCCCGGUCUUAUUAAUGGUCAGUCCGACCUUGACGGUGAGACCAAGACUAGAAAUAGGAAACUGGCUUAUGCCUUGGGCACAACGCCUUUUCCUAACCAUAAACUUCCGACACCCCACGACAUCGAAGAGGUAGUUGCCCUCCUCACAGUAGCGCAUGGGCCAGCAAUUCGCCCAGACAAAGUGCCAAAGCCGGAUAAUUCCGUCUCUGGAUGCGGGGAGGUUCCAUCUGUCUUGGAUGCUGUAAUCCGCACUCUCCUCUCAGCGAAUACACACAACAGUAAUUCUUCAAAGGCAUUCGCAGGUCUCAUCGAUAGAUUUGGCCUUGUGCCUGAGUGUUCUGAAGUAGAAGGUGUUAAGGGGAGAAGUGACGCAGGCACUGUUGAUUGGGAUGCCGUGCGUAGAGCCGAUCUUGACGAUGUUGUCAAUUCCAUCCGUAAGGGCGGCAUGGCUCCUACGAAGGGUAGAAGAAUCAAGAACCUUCUUGAUGCUAAGAGGAAGGAGCCUCUCAGCAACCCCGACAAGGAUGACGAAGACGGUGACCUAUCUUUAGAUUAUAUCCAUAAACUGUCUGACGACGAAGCUCGCCAGAAGCUUACAUCUUUUGAUGGUGUCGGUCCUAAGACAGCUAGUUGUGUUAUGCUCUUCUGCCUCCGACGUGACUCCUUUGCUGUGGACACACACGUUUUCAGACUAUCCAAAUUUCUCAAAUGGGUCCCGGCAAAGGCAACCAGAGAGACUACCUACGCUCAUCUCGACGUUAGAGUCCCCGCCGAACACAAGUACGCAUUGCACAACCUCCUUAUCCGCCAUGGGCGUACCUGCAAAGAAUGUAAGGCCGGUCCAAAACAUAAGGGCAAAAAGCGCGUCUCUUCCGAAACCUCCUUAGACCUCUCCCCUGAACCUGGACCAAGGAUGAGAAAGGUCUGGAUCGGCACUGGGAUGAUGAAGGAAAUCCUCGUCGAGGUUCCGGAUAUCGGUCAAGAAGGCGAAGCAGAAUCCGAGAAGUGUGUCCUUAGGGCCUUGCUCAAGCGUCAGCGCGAUGAGAAAGCUAGAGCUAAAAUGGAACCCAAGGAAGAGAUGGAUGCGAAGACUAGGGGUCAAUGUGGUGGAGUCAAUGUCUAG